AUUACCGCUGUCAUAGUCAUCGUUACAGUCAUAUUUUUGCUAGAACAGCGCUGGUAUAACCACGGCAAAGGAAACCAUCACAUUCAUACAAAUAUAUAAACAAGCCUUCUUCAUUAUAUACCUUUAUAAAACCCUCUCGAGGGGUUAUCAUUUGUCAUAUUUCACUGAACACAAGCAGCAGCAGGAACAGGCAGUCAUGGCUUGCGCAAUUAUGAAGAUACCCAAGACAUUGGGUAUAAACAGGUUCAGGAACAUCACCGCAAUUUUUAAGGAAAGAAGCAUACCUACACACGAAAACUCCCUCGUGUUUUACAGAUUUUUAAGCUUCAAUACGUCAAAAGAAACCCAUUUUCCCGACGGAUGCAAACCUAAAAUCAACGUGCUUUUAAAUCGCUUGAGCACGUCUGCUGCAGCCAACUAUGCGUUUCAAGCAAAUGCAAUUAGCAGAAAUACUGGUCACGCGACCAACAGUGCGGCUGAAGAGGACUUGAGGAUUUUGGCCAAGGAAGGGAAGCUGAAGGAAGCCAUGGAAGCUUUUACAAAAAUGGAAGAAAAAGGUACUUUUUUGGAUUCAUAUACUUACAACUGUGUGCUGCAGUGUUGUGCGGAUAGAAAAGCUUUGGAUGAGGGAAAAAGGGUUAUUGAGCAUAUGAAUAGGACUGGCUUUAGGCCAGAUAUUUCUGUUAAUAAUAGAAUGCUUGAAUUAUAUGGGAAAUGUGGGAGUGUGCAGGAUGCACAACAAGUGUUUGACAAAAUGUCAGAGCGAGAUUCUGCUUCCUGGAACUUCAUGAUUGCUGGGUAUUCAUAUAAUGGACUCGCCCAGGAGGCGCUGCAGACUUUUGGGCAGAUGCAAGAGAAUGGUUUGAGGCCGGACGGGAAUAGUUUUCUUGGUGUGCUUUGGGCUUGUAGUAGAUUGGGAUUGGUGGACAAAGGCAGGCAGUAUUUCGAGUCCAUGAGCAAGGAUUAUGGACUGUUGUAUUCCAUGCAGCACUAUGUGUGCAUGGUUGAUAUACUUGCUCGUGGUGGCGGGCUGGAGGAGGCAGAGCAAUUUAUCAAUAAUAUGUCAGUGAAACCGACUGCUUCAGUUUGGAAUACCUUACUGAAUUUCUGCAAGAGCCAUGGCAAUGCAGAGAUGGAGAAACGGGUGGCCAACAAGAUCGCUGAAUUGGAUACCAAUAUGGCAACUGUGCCGGUAUCGAAUACAGGCGGUAUAAGUGGAAGAUAUGCUAAUAGAGGAGCUAGAAACAAUAGCAGGGACAUUGGGGGAGAUGCAGAUAUCAUGAAAUCCCCAACGCCGAAGGCAAGUAAUGUGCAUGAGUAUAGAGCAGGAACCUUAUCUCAUCCGCAGAGGGAACAGAUCUAUGCAAAGUUAGAUGACUUGAGUGGCAAGAUGAAGGAAGCAGGGUACGUGCCUGACACAAGGUAUGUGCUGCAUGACGUAGAUGAGGCACAGAAAGAGAUAGCUUUGAUGCAUCACAGUGAGAGGUUGGCAAUAGCUUUUGGGCUCAUCAGCACCCCACCUGGAACAACAUUGCGAGUAAUCAAGAACCUUCGUGUGUGCGGCGAUUGUCAUAACGCCAUCAAGAUUAUUUCUAAGAUCGAGGACCGUGAACUUAUUGUAAGGGAUGCAAAACGUUUCCAUCAUUUUAAGGACGGAAAGUGUUCUUGUGGAGACUAUUGGUAAUGCAGGAGGAGUGACAACAACGUAGAAGUAUCGGUAUGGCAUUUCCAGCCAUGGCUUCACUAGAAAACAUUAGGACUGGAGGGAAUGGAGUCAACCUGUUGUUUCGUAAGGUUCAAAGCUAACACAGAUACCAUUGCAAUGCGGUCUUUCUUGAAGAAUAGACAUCCUGGCAUGCAAGAUUCUACCUCAUUGCUGUUAGAAGAUCUAAGCAUACCAAGCUCCAGGUCUUUUUUUUUUGGAGAAAUAAUGAAAGUCCUUAUUUCUCCUGCACACGCUGUCGAAGAAGCUGUGCAUUGGGUUUUAAAAUGGUGGUCCUGAUCCGAAUAACACUCCACAAAUGAGAAUGCAUGGUAGUAGGUAUCAUGCUUUUCUUUUAGUUCUGUUGUUGAUAUUAAUUUUUCAAAGAACUUAUAUUGAAGGUAGUUAUUUAAUAUAAAUUCAACUAUAGAGUAGUGAAGAGAAAGACAUUUAAUGAGGCAGAUUAAGACUCAACAAUUUCUACUUUAAAUGAUCUGUCAUUGUUAAUGGAUAUGCCCAACAUUGCUUUGAUCGCUUGAAAUCAAAGCAUAUCUGUUGAUCUCAAUGAUCUAACUGCGUUGUUGGAUGGAUGA